CGUUGACCAUGCGCUCAAAUUCACGUCUGCCUGUGCAUGCUAAACGUCGAAGCCUGCCCUCACGAAGCUCACACAGCUUUCUCUCACGCUCCACUCCAUACCGUCACGCAUUCACAGCUCUAGGGCACACAGAAUCACACGCGACUCGCUCACGCGCGCCUCACUUCGGACACCGGGUCACCCUCAACUCUGAACCACAACACCUUCCUCACCUUUGGCGACCCUCUUCGGCCCAUCGCCGGCAUGGCGCCUCUCCGGAUAUCCAUACCAGCAGCACACACGGACUCGACCGACGCAGGGAAAGACUUCACAGCGUACGAGAUACGCAUCGAGCAUCCGUUUCCGCGAGCAACCACGACACUUCGCAAGCGCUACUCCGACUUCGCAGCGCUUGACUCAGCCCUCCGAUCCCAAGUAGGCACCGCACCACCGUCUCCUCUCCCUCCCAAGUCGUGGCUCGGCGGUAGUCUGGGCAAGCUCGGGAUCGGCAGCACUACGGGCUCUCCGGACCUGGUAGAGAAGCGACGCCAAGGACUGGAGACGUACCUGCAGACAAUAGAGACAAGCGAGGACGGGCGAUGGCGGAUUUGCAAGGCAUACAGGGACUUCUUAAGUCUAGGCGGCAGGGACAAGAAAUUCGCGAAUUUUCCGGGGUCACAGUUUGGCAAGGACAGGGUGAGGGACAGCUCGGACUGGCUAGACAAGUAUAGCGAGGUCAAGAGCAAUCUGCAAGAUACACGGAGGUGGUUGACGCAGCGGGAGCAAGCUACGUCAGCGACAGCGCAGCAUGAGGCGGGCGCGAAUGCAAAGAAGGGACUCGUGCGGACGGGCUCGCUGCUAUCUGCCCUGGACGAGGGGCUGAGCAGGUUAGGGGGCAGUCGAGGGGAUGAAUGGAGCGGUGAGAAGCUGGGCGAUGGUGAGAUACGGCGUCGGCGCGAUCUGAUCAGCACUUCCCGCAAGGAGCGCGAUGGCCUCGAAAGUGUGCUCAACACCAUGGCCGUGAAGGCUGCAGUCUCAGGCUCCGGCUCGUCGACACCCUCAACCUCGUCCGCCGCCGUUACAAACGAGCAGAAAGCCGGCCUCUUCAGCCGCGCGAAUCAAGCCGCGUCGGGACGGCGCGUACUGGGCGCUCCGGCUAAGGAGACGGAGCGGACGCGGGAGCUCGACAACGAAGGCGUGCUGCAGCUCCAGAAACAAAUCAUCGCGGAGCAAGACCAGGACUUGGUGGACCUGACAACCGUAGUGCGGCGGAUGAAAGAGAUGGGCGUGCAGAUCAACCAGGAAAUCGUGGAGCAAAAUGCUAUGCUCGGUCUGCUGGGUGAGGAUGUAGAGCGGGUCGACGGCAAGAUGCAGAUUGCGAAGAAGAGAAUCAACAAGAUCAAGUGAACAGGCUAUGUCACCUGUUGCCGCUCGAUAAAGAAGUCCUGACCGCCUCUGUACGUCGCCAAAUGCUUUCCCUUGCUGGCGUAGCUUCUCUCGCCUGGCUGACUUCACCCUCUCUCCACCGCCCUUCUCGAAACUUUUCGCCCACCACCCCCGCAGUAUAUAACUCCGGCAGCGCCUCACUCUUAACCUUCGACUCUCAAUCUAUACUUGUUCUUCCAAGCUGGGAAAGUCUACCAGCGAAUUCAGUCUCUGCUCCGACCUCUGCUCGUGCCUCCUCCACCAUGACGCUCACCAAUAUCCUCACCAUCAUUAUGACCUGGGCUCUCGCUCUCGCCCUUCCCACCGGUUAGGGUUCCGCCCAGCCUGCUCCCUUUCCCAAGCUAACACGAUU